CGGGCCGCGCCUCUCGCUCGGGCCUGUGCAGAACGGUGUUUGAGGGCUGGGGGUGGGUCACAGGCCUGGGUUCGAAUUCCACCUCUGCAUCCGCACCCCCGGGCUGUCCCCAGUGGGCCGGGCUUUUGGCCCUCUGAACCCUAUCUGCGGGGAGGAAUUAAUGAUAGUAUUUACAGAGCUGUGGAAAGGAUUCAGUGGGAUAAUGAGAUAAUGAUGCAAAUAAAACGCCUGCGUACAUACAUACACAGAUCGUGGCAUAUAAGCACUUAACAAGCAGCUUAACAAAUGAUAUUUGUUGCUCUUAUUAUCCAGGCUUGAAUCUGUGAUACAGCCCUACUGUGGGGAUCUAGAUCCUUGACCUACCGGGUACACCCUUGUUCUGUUACCUUUCCCACGCUGUCCCUCCCUAUAUAUUCAUUUUUGUUUAUUUAGAGUCCCUCCCCCUCAUACGGAUUUUUGCUGGGAGGGAGGGGUAAGCGUGGAAUUUGCAGAGACGCCUCAGUCAUGUCCUUCCUUGCCUUCUUCCAGUCAGUUGUCGGUGACAGCCACUAGGGAUACAAAUACGGUCUGGCUGGGGAGACAGACCCGUAAACAGACUGUACAGCGCUAGGAAGACUAAGGGGUGGAGCAACCAACUUUGCCUAGAGAAGUGGUUUGAAAGCUUGGCAUUUGAGCUAGGUUGGGAAGGCUGAGUAAGUCUUACAGGCAGUGUGUAUGUAGAGAUUCAAAAGUGAUGCAGGGAAUGGGGGUUGCAGGAGAGAGCAGGGGUGGGUAAGUUAGGACUAGUUAAUGAAAGGUGUUGAAUAUACUGGAAGAUUCUCUGCUGCUGUCUAAAGAAUGGAUUGGAGAGGAGCAGUACUGGAUGUUGGAAAACUAGUGGAGAGGCUGCAAGAUUAUGCUGGGGAGGGGGAGGCAGAUGGUGGAAGUUCUGAGACCCAUAUACUAAACUAAGAACUGGAAGUGUAGAAAAGCUUUCCAGAGACUUUUGGAGGUAGGAUGGACAGGACUUUGGAUGUGGAGAUUAAACAUAAGAAGUAAAGGAUGAUGUGAUUUUUCUAGUUUGGAAGACCAUGUAGAUCAUAAUGCCAUCUAGGAUAUGAGGGACUAGUUAAAUGGGAAAUAAAGGAAGGUACGUGUUAAGUGAGACAUGAGUAUUUCUAACGAUGAGUUCUGUAGAAAUUCAGUACAGGAGGUAAUGAUAGUCUGAUAGUCUCUGGAGGAGGUGGAUGAGGUGGGACUGGGCUGGGCCUUGUCAGGUAGGUAGAAUUUCAUGGGGCAGAGAUGAACAGGUCAGAAAGGCUGGACAACACAAGGUCUCUUCUGGGGUAGUAAAGCCCCAGCGAGACUGAGGCUGAAAUGUGAAGAACAGAUCACCUUGUUUUCCUAUUUUCAGGGUUUUCAUCCAGAAUGACUUCAGUAAUUAGAUCGGAGACGAUAGAAGUGCUAGAAGAGGAACCAGUGACAACUAAGACUCAUGAUCAUCCACUGGAAUCGGAUCCCAUCCCUGUGGAAGUGUGUAGCAAAUCACCUGCCUCCCUGGAGAUGACUCAAGGCGUUUCAGAGGAAAGAAUUCACCUUGGCUCUAGCCCUAGAAUAGGGGGAAGUUGUGAUCUCGGCCGCCAGGAAGGACUUCAGUCCAGGUCCCUUCAUUUGUCCCCCCAAGAACAGUCUCCCGAUCGUCAAGACAAGAGUCAAUCUUGGCGGCGAGCAAGUAUGAAAGAAAUGAGCCGGCGGAAGUCACUGCCUGCCUUUCAUCAGGGCAUCACAGAGCUCAGCAGAUCCAUCAGUGCCAACUUAACAGAAAGCAAACGGCUUGUCGCUCUCCUGCUUUCCAGUUUCCAGUUCUCUGUUCAGAAACUUGAACCUUUCCUAAAGGACACUGAGGGCUUCAGUCAUGAAAGUUUUAGAGCCAAAGCAUCUUCUCUUUCUGAAGAAUUGCAGCAUUUUGCAGAGAGCCUGGAAAGUAAUGGAACUCUACAAAAAUGUUUUGAAGAUUCAAAAGGAAAAGAAUCAGAUUUAUCUCUGGAAACAUCAGUGGCUGAAAUGAAGGAAUACAUAACAAAAUUUUCUUUAGAACGUCAGUCUUGGGAUCAGCUCUUGCAGUACUACCAGAAGGAGGCUGAAGAGAUCAUAUCCAGAGGAUCAGCUGAAACCAAAGUUACUGAAGUUGAAGUGGAACCUGCAACAUAUCUUGGAUCUUCCCAGAGUGAAGUCCUUAAUACAAAGCCUGACUACCAGAAGAUAUUGCAGAACCAAAACAAAGUCUUUGAUUAUAUGGAGUUGGUGAUGGACGAACUGCAAGGGUCUGUGAGGCAGCUGCAUGCUUUUAUGGAUGAAAGUACCCAGUGUCUCCAGAAGGUGUCAGUACAGCUCGGGAAGAGAAGCACACAACAAUUAGAUCCCUCUCCAGCUCGAAAACUGCUCAAGCUUCAGCUACAGAACCCACCUGCCACACACUGCUCUAAGUCUUGUCAGUGACUUCAUGUAGCUUUCCUGCACAAGGUGCUCCAGAGGAGAGAAAUGGGAAGAGUGCCCCAACACACGGCAACUGCGUGGCAGUCUGAGCUGGUGAUAGCUGCCCUGUUGCCUUUGAGGAUAACGGGCUGAAUGUAGAGCCCUGCGGUUUUUUGUUGUUUUUUUUUUUUCUAAAAGUGACAGAAUUUAUGCAUCUGAAAGAGUGUAAUAUAGAUGCUUUUUCCAAGAAUGUGCAAAAUGCUUGCAACUUCUUUUGUGGAAUGACCUUGAGAACUAGUAGCCCAUUCUUUUAAAUAUCCUUCAUGGUCAGUGAUCUUCAUCUUGUGAAGAUGUUUUUUAGGUUUUGAAAAAAUCCAAAGUCAUUCAGGACCAAAUCCAGGAAAACAUUUUAGGGGUCAAGUUGGGUUCUGGUAGUAAAGGAAUGGGACUAAUUUUCUAGUGUGGCCCUGAAGGUGAUUUUUGGUAGAGGAGUUGUGAGCGUUGUUUGCAUCAUAUGGAUAAAUGUGUAUCACUUUACACGAUGUCCAGAUUGAAGGAAAUACCACUCAUUCUCUGUCCUGUUUACAGUGUGCUUUAGGUUUUAAUAUUGAGUUGACAUCCUAACUCCUGGAUUCCUGGCAGGAGGGGGCUAAGUACUGUUUUUCAUUGUUCUCUGUUUUUAAUAACUUGCAUUAUAAAAUUGCACAUUAUUAAAAGCUUUGUUUUGUCUUUGUGUA